AUGUCUGUGAAGGCACUGGAUGCCCACCUCAGGGAGGUUGGAAGGGUUCAUGAGGCUGCCCCGGAUGUGUCUGAGGCUGCCCCGGAUGUGUCUGAGGCUGCCCCGGAUGUGUCUGAGGCUGCCCCGGAUGUGUCUGAGGCUGCCCCGGAUGUGUCUGAGGCUGCCCCGGAUGUGUCUGAGGCUGCCACGGAUGUGUCUGAGGCUGCCCCGGAUGUGUCUGAGGCUGCCCCGGAUGUGUCUGAGGCUGCCCCGGAUGUGUCUGAGGCUGCCCCGGAUGUGUCUGAGGCUGCCCCGGAUGUGUCUGAGGCUGCCCCGGAUGUGUCUGAGGCUGCCACAGAUGUGUCUGAGGCUGCCCCGGAUGUGUCUGAGGCUGCCCCGGAUGUGUCUGAGGCUGCCCCGGAUGUGUCUGAGGCUGCCCUGGAUGUGUCUGGUAACUAG